CACCUGAGGCUUAUAUAAAGUGCCACGGGUGGUGGUCUCGGGAUUCCACUGUGAAUUUUCUUUGGAGGAACUGCAAAAGUGUUCUACAUAGACCAAGGAAUAAUGUGGAUUAUUGUUUUGUUUGGAUUUCUUGUGCCUUCCGCGCUGGGACAAGGCUGCAACUAUGCUCAGCAAGUGGGUACAUCGCCCGUUGCUAUAUUCUCCCCUAAUUACCCCGGAAACUACGUAGCCAACACUCAGUGCACGUGGUCUGCUACAGCACCAUCGACGAAUUAUCGUCUCCAGCUCACCUGUAGCGUGGUACAAAUUCCCGAUGGAACUAGUGGCUGCCCAAAGGAUUACAUUUCAAUCUCUCGCACAGGACGGACGGAUUUUGCCGAUGGAUAUAAAUACUGCGGUUAUGGAACAUUCACUGAGUACUCCAACGCUAAUCAAAUGAGCAUUAAACUCUCUGCAUUGUAUAAUUCCCCAGGUGGAAGGUUUUACUGCACAAUUCAGGCGGUUCAGGUUAAUCAGGCUGCAUUUGAUCCAUGCAACUGUGGCCGUAGGAAGAGUACCCGUAUCGUUGGUGGAGUAAAUGCCGGUGUGAAUGAAUUCCCAAUGGUUGCAGCUCUUAUUGAUCUCUCAACUCGUAAACCCUUCUGUGGAGCAACUCUUAUUUCCAACUGGAGAGCUAUUACAGCCCAGCAUUGUCUUCUGAAUCAGGGACCAGGAAAUGUAGGCCUCCUAGUUGGUGACUAUGAUCUAUCUACCGGUGCUGAUACUUCAUACUCUGCUCUGUACAACAUUCAAUCCUUCUCUUGCUACUCCAAUUGUAAUACAAACCCCCAAAAUGUCAAUGAUAUUGCAAUGGUUAAAACAACGCAGGAGAUUCAAAUGAAUCCAGGAGUAGGGAUUAUUUGUUUGCCUUGGAAGUACAAUACAAAUACCCCAAGUCAAUUUGCUGGGACCAUGGUGGAAGUAUCUGGUUGGGGGGAUUUGGACUUUGGUGGUCCAGAAACAAAUGUGCAACAGAAGACAAGUUUAAGUGUGAUAAACACACAAUCUUGUCGCAAUGUGUAUGGGAAUGUUAUUACGGAAAAUCACAUUUGCACCUAUUUUGCCGGAAGGGAUACCUGUCAACGUGAUUCGGGUGAGAGCCUAAUGUAUACCGGGACUGACAAUGGGCGUCUCUACAGCGUAGGUAUUGUGAGUUUUGGCGUUGAGUGUGCUUCGCAAAAUCCAUCUGUGAGUACUCGUGUGACACCAUACCUCAAUUGGAUUAUCACCAACUCUCCGGAAUCCAGCUAUUGCAGCGUUUAGAGCACGAUGAAAAUGUUGUGAAGAAAUAUAUAACGCUGCAAACCUUCAAAGGAGGUAUAUGCUAUUGA